AUGACAACCAGAUUGCAGGGGAGCAGAGCAGAGAGUGAGUGAGAGAGAGACUGGGAGAAAGAAAGAACUCAACAACCCGUUCAGUUUCAGAGAGAGAACAGAGAAUAUCAGCCAGCGCAUGUUUUAUUUUACAGCUUCAUACUCGGCAUCUUGUGGCAAAUUCCGACUUUAGAAAUGUAGUUGGAUACAAAGAAAACCUGAGAAGAGUACACCAAUGUGUUUUUGAAAACAAAAGCGUUAGCAUAAACGUUUCCUGUUUCUUGACAUCGUAGUAGAACGGAGACCCCCUUGGUUUGAACUCUGCGCUCCUCUCCUGUUUUGUGAAGAUCACUGUCUGCUGCAGUCCAACCAUCAAGAUGUGUGACCUGAUGCCAGCUUCGCAACCUGCUGAAAAAAUCGGCAAAAUGAAAAAGUUGCGAAGAACUUUGUCAGAGAGCUUCAGCCGCAUAGCUUUCAAGAAAGAGGACAGUGGCUUUGAUGAGAUAUGUGUCACAAAGAUGUCCACACGCAGCGGCCAGGGAAAGGACUCGGUCAUCACGCCCCUGGACACCAUCCCUGAGGACAGGAAGGUAAGGGUUCAGCGGACACAGAGCGGUUUCGACGCCUUCGAGAAACCCGCCAGCCAGGUGAAGAGGGUGCACUCAGAGAACAAUGCCUGUAUCUCCUCCAAGGCCUCUUCUACUGGGAAAGAGUCGCCCAAACUGCGCAGACACUCCAGCCCCAGUUCUCCCACAAGCCCCAAGUUCGGGAAGGCUGAUUCCUAUGAGAAGCUUGAGAAGCUGGGAGAAGGCUCGUACGCCACAGUAUACAAAGGGAAGAGCAAGGUGAACGGCAAGCUGGUAGCCCUGAAAGUGAUUCGUCUGCAGGAGGAGGAGGGGACACCGUUCACUGCCAUCAGAGAAGCAUCUCUUCUGAAAGGUCUGAAGCACUCCAACAUCGUGCUGCUCCAUGACAUCAUCCACACCAAGGAAACCCUGACGCUGGUCUUUGAGUAUGUGCACACAGACCUGUGCCAGUACAUGGACAGGCACCCAGGAGGACUGCAUCCAGACAACGUGAAGUUGUUCCUGUACCAGUUGCUGAGAGGUCUGUCCUACAUCCACCAGAGGUAUAUCCUGCACCGCGACCUCAAGCCUCAGAACCUGCUCAUCUCUGACACUGGAGAACUCAAACUGGCCGACUUCGGUCUGGCACGGGCUAAGUCAGUCCCCAGCCACACCUACUCCAAUGAGGUGGUGACCCUGUGGUACCGCCCCCCUGAUGUCCUCCUGGGAUCCACAGACUACUCCACCUGCCUGGACAUGUGGGGUGUGGGCUGCAUCUUCAUCGAGAUGAUACAAGGAGUGGCAGCUUUCCCUGGGAUGAAGGACAUCCAGGAUCAGCUGGAAAGGAUAUUCCUGGUCCUAGGCACCCCCUGUGAGGAUACCUGGCCAGGGGUCCACUCUCUGCCCCACUUCAAACCAGACAGCUUUACUGUCUACAGUUCCAAGAAGCUCAGACAAGCAUGGAAUAAGUUGGGCUAUGUGGACCAUGCUGAGGAGUUAGCCUCUAGGUUCCUCCAGUGCUUCCCAAAGAACCGUCUGUCUGCUCAGGCAGCUCUCCAGCAUGAGUACUUCAGCCACCUUCCUCCGCGGCUCUGGGAGAUCUCAGACAUGGCUACUAUCUUCACGGUACCAAAUGUCAAGCUGCAGGUGGAGUCAGGUGACAGUAUACAGGUGUGUACCAGGACCAUCUCCAGCCAUGCGAAAGGACCGUCCAGCAGCAAACACUGACCGGGGCAGACUGCCCCACAGCUAGCCAGGUUGCUGCUGUGGUCAGUCCAAGAGAGAAGGACAAAGACACUGAGAUGGAGGAACCAUCGGGAUCACAUUCCCUCUUCUGUUUCUUUAACGAAUUACCUUUCCAACCGUGUGUGUGUGUGUGUGUGUGUGUGUGUGUGUGUGUGUGUGUGUGUGUGUGUGUGUGUGUGUGUGUGUGUGUGUGUGUGUGUGUGUGUGUGCCUGAGUGUAUGCAUUUUGGUGGGUGACACCUCCAAUUUCAGUUUUAUAAUUUGCCAUUUUUGUUGACUUUUAUAAUGUUAUGAUACUCAUAUAUCGUUGACACAUUUACAAUACCCUUAAUCAUCAAGAGUCUUUACAAUACUAUUGAUACAUACUGUGGCUUGUGUUUCUAACUACCUAUGUGAGAAUGUAUAUUUGUAUGUACAGUAUACUCAUAUUUAGAAAAUAUAUCACGGACUCCAAGAAAGCUUAAAUUCUUUCACUAACAUGCUGCACUUGCAUGCAUUCACGCACGCAUGCACAAACUCACACGUACACACACACACACAGAUACACACACACGUACACACGCACACAGAUACACACCCACUGGACAGUUUCACUCACAACACAAACUUGAACUGAGAAUGACAAGCGGUGGUAAUGUUUCUCUUUAACUUUGAACUGUUCCUCCUCUGUAACUGUCAGGCCAGGGUCAAAUGACAUCAAAUCAAUAAUAAUCAUAAGAGCAAUGGUAGUAAUACUGUAAUAGUGAUACUGGUGAUAAUAAUCCGUUAGUCUCUGCUGGAGAUGAUGCAUACACGCAAAGCAAUGAGCGUCGAUGACAUCGUGAAGAGUCACGUUAUAUGGUACAUUCGCUGUAGUUCGUCUCAGCAUAUGUGGGUGUGUUAUAUCUGUGUGGUUGCGUGUGCAUCAAACAUGGGCAAUAUGGGCUAUACCCUUCAUUGGUGCUUCCAUGUAGGCCAUGAGGUACUGUUAUCUAUACCGCAUCCUGUUGUACACUGUAUCUAGAUGGUAAAACACAAUGGCAAUAGGCUCAGUGGGAUUUUGAUCUCUUGGUUACUUCGACCCGUGACAAUCCUCUUCUCCUUCACGUUCUUUGAUAGCGUCACCAUCCAGUAAUGUACUGUAUUUCAGUCAUCACAAAUGUUAUUAGACGAUUGCGUCAUCGUCUGUUUGUCUCAACUAUCACGUUAAUAAAAAUAUUUGGAGCACUUUUUAUGAUAUCGCAUGAUAUUGAUCUAACAAAUACUUUUGUUUCUUGGGUACUAUGUUACAUUGGCUGGUACAAAGAUGUCUUUGUGUUCGAGUUUCAGCUGAGUGUUGUUUUGUGUAAAAAUACCUGCUCAUAUUAGUCAUGUGUGAGCUAGGUAAUAUAGCAAUGACCAGUAACAUGGAGAAUAUGGGUUCCCGUUUUAUGGAUUGAUUUGAAAUCUACCACUAAUCUGAAUUGCCUGUACUGUGCACAAGUAGAGGAGGGGGAGGAGAGUUCUGAGUUAGACAUCAUAGACACACACUAACUAUCAGGAGAGAUUCGUUUUCUUAAUCCACAUUGACACCCUUAGAAAGACAUGUACACACACACACACACACACACACACACACACACACAUGAGAACACAUGAGAGACAGUCACAGGUAUAAUAAUGUAGACACUUGGCCACACACAGUCCUUCUCCACCCCUGCCUCACCUGCUAGUCUAUCAUAGAGGGAGAAGGACGAGGAAGAGGAGGAGGAGACAUUAAAAAUAAAUGACUCUUGUAGAAGGCUUUGACAUGAUUCGCCAUAUGGCCAAGUCCGUGUAAUGGUACAGCUUUAAUUGUCCCACCAUCACUAGUGGUGUUUGGUGUGAUAUAGAGCAGGCGAGGCAACGACAGAGAAACACAGUGAUAGUGACGACUUGUGUCAUUAGCUUUUUGAGAAUGCACUUUUGGAAUAUAUUUGCCCUACUGUACAUUCCAGCUUAUUAAAAAUGUCACUUUUUGCACCUGUGUUGUCCUUAAUCACAUGCCCUUGUCUGCACAGACUAGAAAUAUCAGUGCCCUCCCUUGGCAAUCUUAAUAUAGGCCAACAGACCCCAGGUUCCAACCCCAGUGAUGCACAGACUUUUUAAGGAAAACUACUACAGACACUUAAAGUGAUUUCAUAGGACUUCAGUGUCAUUCCUGGUGUGACAAGUGAUUCUGUGUCAUGGUAGUGAGGAAGGGAGGAGAAUCUAGAGUGGCGUCUUAAUGUGACUAAAGCAGCGUGACAGAGGAGGGUUAAUACCAGAGAGCUCUGCUGAGAUAGAUCGCCCAGCUCGCUCUGCUCGGCCUUGCAUGGCUUUAUGGGAUACAGGAGGUAUUAAGCAGCUGAAUAAUUAUUGUUGAUACGUUACUCUCCUGCUUUCUGUCUGUGUGGCAUUUCACUUUUCUUUUGCCCCCUUUUUAUUUUGUGCCUUUGUGUCCCAGAAGUUUCUUCCUUUGCCGCCUGCCUGCGACAUCACAUAAACAUGAAAAUACUGUAUAUGUUUUGGACUACCUGCCUGCCUGCCUGCCUGCCUGCCUGCCUGCCUGCCUGCCUGCCUGCCUGCCUGCCUGCCUGCCUGCCUUUUGGGUGGAGUUCCUGAAAGCUCUUUUUUUCUCCUUUGGGAAUUAAAAGCAUUUCUCUAUGAAGGGAAAUCUUGGAAAAGAAGUAGUGAAAUUGCACAUUGAGCACUGUGACGGUCCAAAUGAUUAACAAUUGAAUGGGGCCCACUAUCAUUUGAAUGUUACCAUUGGUUAUUGCUUGUUAAGGUCAACUUCCAAAUGUUUAAAAAAAAAUGCAUUUACAAAUACACCAUUCAAAUGGCUUAAGAUUGAUCUGUUUGCUAUACUGGUCAUGCUACGGAAUGUGUACAUUUCGAGUCAUAUUUUGAGUUACAUGUCAAUAUUUAAUCAUUUUGUAUCCUUUGUUAUAAACUGUCUUACUAGGCUGUAUAUAAAGGGGGAGGUGAAACGCCUUGUGUAAAAUGUAAUAGUGACUAUGUUUGCGUACAUACAGGGUCACACGUGUCUCCUUUGCGCCAUAAAAGAGAGGAUUCGUAUUAAAUAUAUAUGGAUAUAUACACAUACAGUAUUUUUUUGGCCUUGUCAGUUUCUUAACUGCGUAGACGUACAGUAUAUGUUGAGAAAGGCAUUUUGGAACCAGACAUGCAACCCCCGCUGUACUCAACACUGAAUCUGUGUUUUACAGUACAAAAAAAAAAUCUUCACUUGCGUCUUUUUCUUUUUUUGUAAUGAUGCUCUGAAAAUACAUCAUUUUUCACAAGUGGUUUCGGACAUAGAAGAAGUGUUACCGGUCACUUUAUAUACUGAAACUUAGGAUAUAAUAGUAGAAUAGCUGUUGCAUUACCUAUUUGUUACGACCUGUAUGUAAUGUUAUUAUGGAAGAUGUAAUGUCCUUCUGUAAAUGUUGUUUAUUGUUGCUUUACCUGAAAUAAAUAAAGUUUAUUAAUGCUUCAAA